UUUCGACAACCAGGCACUUGCGUGCUCCAUGCGAUAGGGCAAUGCGGGCUCGGAGUCUGUUCCUUUGUGCGGGAGCUCCUCUGUGUAGGCUUGCACAGGAGGUAUUGCCUCCGGGUGGUAGAGGCAGCCCAGCCUACCCCACAAAGGCAGGAUCGAAAAGAACAAAGAGCAGCACCCAGCACCACGCCAGCAUCAGCAAAAGCAGCAGAUCUCAAAAUCAGCCCCGAGAGCUACAGCUUCACCUCAAGGAUGACUCUUGGGCGGAUCCCAUGGCGCGUUCUGACGUAGCAUAUGCGGCGCUUUUGAUGAACGACCACGAUCGUGGGAUUCGAACGCUUGGUCAGUCUCUCAUCGACUCGCGCACCUCGGCGGAUCUGGUGGCUAUUCUGGGCGCUGGGGUAACCAAGGUGACCGAGACAAGGAUGCGCGCUCAGGGCUGGAGAAUACGAAGGCUCGCCGUGGGCGGCGUUGACGGUGACGGGGGGGGUGUACAUAAACUGGACCGUGCCAGUGAGUCGGUGCUGGCGCAUGCCUCCGUAUGGGCGUUGACCGAAUACAAGCGGGUGGUUUUGCUGUCGGACAACAUGCUCGUGGUGGAGAACAUCGACGACCUUUUCCUGUGCGAGGGGAUUUGCGCAGCGAUGCAACAGGCAGAGGUAGUGAGCACGUCGCUUAUCGUGCUGGAGCCCGACCUCGACAUCUACCAGCACAUGUCAAGAUCUGUCGGCACCAUCUACAACUUCUCGAACAACUUUCAGGGUUUCCUGAAUACCUACCUGGCGGGAUUCGAGACGUGCGCGUUUUUCGACCUCGAGAACCCCUGCUUACAGGACCCAUCCACAGAUCCGAACCGUGGCCCAGACGCCCCGCUCCUAGACCACAGCUGCCACCGCCUUCCAACUCGCUACAACGGAGACCUUGCCCUGGUGAUGCUGAACGGCGGCCUGGGCAUGGUUCGGACGAAGAACGCCAUGCCGGAGGAGUGGUGGCGGCAGCGAAGGGCUAGGGUGGUGCGGUUCGAGUUUGCGGGCCUUCGGCCGUGGAUGUGGUUCGCGUCGCCGUUUCUGCCGUUCGUAUCCACGUGGGAGAGCACGCACUUGAGAGCAAAACCGGGCGAUCCAACGCCCAGCGUGUUCUGGGUGGUGCUGGUGUGGUUGGCGUUCGUGGUGGCUUUCCUCUUCUGUGGGCGUACCGUGCUCGUUCCCGUUGUUUCCGCCGGGAUUUCCAAAGCGGAAGUACCUUCCAAGUGCGCGGGGGGUUGGCGAGCGUGGGUGCCACGGGCGCUAGCAUGGAAAAGGAAGCGGCGAGGGAGUUCGGCAAGCAGCUACAACCCUCGAGGGUUGCUGUGGAGCCUUGUUCAUCUCGCGGUCGGAUACUCGUCGCUCUUGUGCGCUGUCGCGGUUGGCCUAGCCCAGGUCCCUGCUGCCUCUACCGUAAAGAUGAGCUGGAUGGUGUUCAUCACGUGGACCGGAACUCUGUUCGGGACGCUGUGGUCCGCUUACCUCUGGUUCAUCUCCCGCCAGCCACAGCUGUCCCCCCGCGCCUUUAUGAUCGGCAACGGCCCCCUCGACCUCCCCAACAUCAACACCAACCUAUGCCCGUUGCCCGGCGGCGGCGGCGGCGGCAGCAACAGCAGCACGGACCCCUUCAAAUCGAAACUGGCCGGCGGAGGCUCCGCGGCAGGGAGCGUUCUCAAGGUAGGGUGUGUGGUCACGCCGUCCCCCUGGCGGGAGAGCGUGACAAGCCUGGCGUUGUUCGUGGCGGUGUUGGCGUUCCUUCCGGCGUGGAAGCCGAUGUCUGGGGCGGCGAGCCUGCCCACCUUGCUGGUGCCGGCGGCUGUUGCCCUUGUUGUGAUGUUCGUAGGGUUGACGGUGCAGAUGGUCCGGCUCCCCGUGCUGUGGUGCGACCGGCUGAAGUUCUUGGCGCUCAUGGAGAAGAAAGGGCUGCGACCGUGUGGUAGCUGUGGUAGGGUGGAGUGCUAAUCAUCGGUGUCUGCGUGUUGUCUGCUGUGAAGCGCCAGGAGGUGGGUGUUUGAAACAUUCUGUAUCUGCUGCCAGGUUUGUGUGGGCCUUUAUUGAUUGGGCGGUCGUGCAGUGCUUGGUAAUGUCGAGGGUAGGUAGCUGUCUGUCAUACGUGUUGAUACCUUCUACUGGGUCGCCUUUUGUCCCCCUCUUUUGUACAAACGAUGUGUGCUGAAUUUCCGGCAGCAGUCUAGUCGCUGUUGUUCUGUUUUGGUGCUGUAGGCCGCCUCCUGUAGGCUGUCUGGUGUUUGCUGGCGUAGGUGACUUCAAUCGGAGGCUUGUUGUUUCUUGUAUUUUCAUGGGUGGUCGUUUGAAACCGUUCCUGGCUGGGGCAAAGCAUAAGAGGAACGAAAUGUGUUGUUCGCCUUGUUUUGCGCAGGGAGAAUUUGCGGGAGAAUUUGCCAGUGUUUUUUGUUUUUGUUUGGGCAAAAACAUUGGCUCUACCCCCGUCACAAUUCUCUAGCCCCUGUCAGGAUGUUUGUGCUGUACAGGGCGCGCCCUCUCGAUCCUGUGUGUGUGCCGUCAUCCUUUUAGCAGCAGCAGCAGCUUUCCUGCAAGGGUUAAUGAUCAGCGUGUACGCCGAGGAGGAUGCAACAACAGCAAUAGCAAUGGGUAUCCAGGUGCUAGGCGGGCGGUUCCACUGACCGUGUUGAAGGAUUUUUACUGUAGAUUUACAGAGUUCUGUGAAGGCGAGGGUCAUUCUUUUUGGUCGUUUCUUCAUGUGUAUGACUAUUGUUGUAGGGGCGGCAAGUAUCUUGAACAAGUGAACCCGAAAUCGUUGUGGAUAGGACGCAGCAACAGGCUGAUUCAUUGACGCUCGUUACGCACUAGCCCUUGCAAUGAGUUGCCAGGCUCAGCCCGCAAUUCACGGCGUUAGGACUGAGUGCUGCCGCUCGAGUCGUAGUUCGGGUUUGUCGCGCGUCCCAGGGGCACGCACGAAUGAUUGGAAGGGUGGGUACCCGCCGCUUGUGUCGAUCCCUUGGCUGUGAGAGUGCAUGGUCUCAUGUGCCUUUCUGUGGGACUGGCCUAGGGCUCAUUUGCUCUGGUGCUGGUGUAGGUGAGAGAGCAUCUCGUGUGGCAACCCAAGCCAAAUUUGAUGAGCACCUGAAGUGUCCCGAGCAUCAGCGUCGAGUCGAGUGGGCGUCGAGUCGAAGCCCAGUCAAGCUUUCGUGUCUUUCGUUCGGCUACAGAGGGACAAGUUGACGGCGUGUGUUGUGUGUCUCCCUGUGUAGAACAAUUCCGUGGUACGUUUUGUCGUGUUCACAUUGCAUACCGUCUUCGUGUGCCACAGGCGAUGCGUAUGUUUGUGGGAUGAAAGAGGAGUUGCUGAGCACAGAUAGGCAGACAUUGCGUGGGCAAUCUGCUCCUGGUGUCGUAGUCUCGAAAGUCCAGGUCGUACUGCACCUUCGUGAAGAGUUGUUGCCGAACAAAACACACACCCGACAGAGAUAUCUAGUUAGGAGUCUGCUCAGAUGUGUUGUCGAACAGAGAGUCUCCACGCCAUCGAGCUACAGAUGAGGCGAUUCACUAGAAGUAGAGGU